AUGAUUAUAUCUGGAUCACUUCGGCAACAUAUUGUGCCUCGUGUGCACAAUAUGUCUCAAAUUGAUUCAAUAUUUAUCUUUUGCGGUAACAGAAAAUAUCAUGAACAGUGGACCACAGAUUGGCCCAAAAUAAAGGGUAUCUUCACACAUAUUACAUGCAUCUGUGAAGCACUCAAGGAAGUUGCUCUUCAAUGUGAGCAAAAUGCUAUUCCCAUGAGUUUCAUGGAAACAAAUAAAAAGUUGGAUCAAUUAGAUCCUUCUUUUAUGUACACACAAAUCAUCAAAGAAAUACUACUGAUCAUCAAAUUCAACCAACAUCACAUACAAGAUUAUUUUAGUUAUUGUCGUGAUGCUUUUGAAGGUGAUAAAAAAGAAAUCAAGAAUAUUAAACGAUUAGAAGGUAAAUAUCACAGAAAAAUAUCCAUUUAUUGGUACACAUGUCAAAUAUUCUUAUAUCCUAUGCUCAAUCGUGCAUUACGAUUGAUGGAUGGUGAUAUCAUUACACGUGUGGGUUUCUUCAUUGGUGAUUUACAUCGACAGAUUGAAAAACUACAUCAGAAACAAUAUGCCAGUGCAACUGCUGCUAACACCUUCACCGUUUAUCGUGGUCAAGGUUUAUCUACAAAGGAUUUUGAAAAAAUGAUGAACAUCAAAGGUGGUCUUAUUUCAUUCAAUAACAUCUUAUCUACUAGUACGGUUCGCAAAGUUUCACUGGGUUUUGCUCAAAAUGCUGGAAGAAGUCCAGAUCAAGUCGGUGUUCUGUUUAUCAUGAAAAUUAAUCCUGGGCAAUCAACAACACCAUUUGCUUCCAUUGCUGGUAUUAGUGACUUCCAAGAAGAAGAGGAAAUCUUAUUUUCGAUGCAUAGUGUAUUUCGUAUUCAGGAUUUUAAACAGAUAGCUGAAAAUAAUCGUUUAUAUGAAGUUAACUUGGUACUGACUGCUGACAACGAUCCAGAAUUAAGCAGACUUACUGAAUACAUUCGAAAAGAGAGUUGUCCAAACUCUUAA